CUCUUCAGUUAAUUUAACAACUGCAUAGGCAAAGCCAGGACAUAGUGUGGGCACAAGAAAAGAACAAUUUAAUAUUUACUCAUUUAAGGAUAACACCACAAUCGGGAUGAAAAAACAAGGUAAACCUCCGAAGACUGGUGAAGGAAGGAUAAUAUGGGAACUGCACGGGGAGAAAAUUCCAGAUAAGUGAAAGAUGUUUGCCAAAACCAACUGAGCCUCGUAAAUUAAAGUCCAUGGCCCGCUCCAGAUGCAAUGGAAAGGUCUUAUGCCUGUUUCUCUUGCCUUGUGUAAUGGUAAGCCACCUGGUGAUUUACAUCAUGGUGUCCAUAUUUGUUGCCGUCUCCUACUCUCCUCCUCCGCCGCCACAGUUGCCGCUACAUUUCGUCGCCACUGGAGCCUCUGGCAACUCAGGAGCUCAAGCAUCCCAUCCAGUUCGGCCCUUCUGGAACCUCCGUCUGGAAGAUGGGGCACUCUGGAACCGCCUCCAACACAUUUCGGACAGAGAGCACAAUCCCAUAUUGAGAAGUAAUGUCACAAGGCCCAAAAUUCUUGGUACGAGACAUCCCCAAGAGAAAAUGGUUGUUUGUGGACAGGAUGAGAUGUGGGCAUCUCAGCUGCAUGACUUUAACACCCUACCUGCUCAAAUGAAGGAGUUUGUCCUAUCCAUGCACUGCAGGUAUUAUCCUAUCCUACUGAACCAACCCAACCUGUGUGCUGGGGACGGCACUGAAACUGAGACUCCCUUUCUCCUCAUGGCGAUAAAAUCUCAAGUCGGAAACUUUGAGAACAGACAGGCCAUCAGAGAAACGUGGGGGAGGAGCGGUUGGAUCCAAGGGGACGAUGGAGGACGAUUCUGGUUCGUGCGCACAGUCUUCUUGCUCGCCAGGCAGGACACAGAGACUGGGCCUCAUCCGGACCUGAGUGCCCUGCUGGAUUUAGAGAGCAGAACUCACGAGGACAUCCUCCAGUGGGAUUUUAAAGACAGUUUCUUCAAUUUGACCCUGAAGGAUAUUCUCUUCUGGGACUGGGUUUCAAAGCACUGUCCGCACAUCCAUUAUAUUUUCAAAGGAGAUGAUGAUGUCUUUGUCAGGACUAGAGCCCUACUGGACUACCUAAACCAACAUGAAGCUACGGUACAAAAGACAGAUCGAAACAAGACAAAAGAUCUUGAUGAUUUCGUUGUGGGGGAUGUUAUUGCCAAUGCUUGGCCCAAUCGGCAGCCUGGUACUAAAUAUUACAUACCUGACAGCUUUUAUAAGGGAACUUACCCGGCGUACGCAGGAGGUGGGGGUGUUGUUUACACUGGCUCUUUGGCCAUGCGUUUGAAGGAAGUCUCUCAGCGGGUGAGCUUGUUUCCCAUCGACGAUGUUUAUUUAGGAAUGUGCCUUCACAGACUCGGAGUGUCCCCCAGUCAUCAUUCUGGUUUCCUCACCUUUGACCUUCCAGAGGACCUGCGAGAGAAGCCAUGUGCGUAUCAUAAUGUUCUCCUAGUGCAUAAACGUUCCCCUAAGGAAAUGCUAACGCUGUGGAAAGAGCUGCAAGUCCCACCCCAAGAGUGCUAAUAUAGAAUAUACAGUGAGACUGAUACGGAGAGAAUAGUUUGUUUAUGGAUUCAAGUGAUGAUAAUAAUACCCCAGAGGUCAGGUGUUCAGAGUUGUUUUUAUUUUUACCACAAGGUAUUUUUAUGUAAUUUGGGCAUCAAUUUGCAUAAAAGGCUCAAAUUUUUCUGUGGUGUUCUCAAGCAUAUGUAAGCAGGAAGAGAUUUUGCAUUAUAAGAAUUGUCGUCAUUUCAUUGUUAUGAGAAAGGUUUUGAAAUUAAAUGUUACUUUUCUGGAAUUAAAUAAGAACAUAACUGAGUCUUCUGGCAAGAAGUGGUCUCAUUAAUCAGAUUUUAAAAGCUAUUAACAUAAGAUAAAAACUGAUCAACAUACUUCAGCUUUGUAUUUAAAAAGACUUUACUAAUGUACAUUUGAAAAAAAUAAAAACGUUAC